ACCAACCAACUUAAAAACUCAUAAUUAAUCAUGAAAAAUAUACCAAAAUAUUUAUCAGCCAUCGAAUCAAUUAAUCUUAUUUCCGAUGAUAAAGAUGAAUUACCUCGAAUCAAGAAAAACCUUGAAAUCUUAUCCACACUUAUUAAACAUGAUGAAAUUAUCGAUAUCCUCUCCGAAGCUUUCAAACUGGAAGCAACAUCACAAAAUAAUCCAGGAUGGAGGUAUUCUUUGUACAUUUAUCAAAUUCUCCUUUCGGUUAUAGACGAAGUCGAUUUCGACUCUGAUUCAAAAGAAGACCUCAUCUCUACCAAACAUGUUAAUCUUCUGAUUGAUGCCAUUCAAGAUGUCUCCGGUUUUGGCCUCCGCGCCAAUCUCCAUUCAAUUCUAAUCGAACAUCCAAUUUUCGCGCCAAUUCCUACCAAAUCUCCACCCUCCACUCAAAACUUGAUUGUUUCACUUAAAGCUUUUCGCAAAAUCCUUGCCAUUCGUAAAUUCCAUGUCGGUGGCAAUCUAAGCAUUGUCACACGCGAUUACAUUGCUGGAAUCCUUACAAUCAUUGAACACGAUUUGGAAAAGAAAAUCCAACUCACUGAACCGCAGAGAAAACUCUAUCAAUCUGAUUUGAAUGCUAUCUGGAAUGAAUCAUCUAAAUGUGAUUAUUUUAGAAAUAUCCUCUUAUUCAGAGGUUUGCCAAAUCUUCCACCGGCUCUUCAAAAGAGAUUACAUUUUGAAUUGCUAAAUAAACUUAUGGCCAAAGGCGGCUUUACUUACUUUGUCAGUACUUUGCUGAUGAAACGGACAGCUGUUGAUGCAGCUGAGUGUGAUUACUUUGAGGUAGUCGCUAAUAUUGUAGCUCAUCCAAAACAUUCCAAUAAAUUCUAUCUCUGUCUGAUAGAACAGAUUUUUGAGUUUUUGAAUCUUUGUAUUUCAAAUUCAAAUAUGGCUUUUUGCAUGGGAGCAGGGUUACUGACUUUAAAGAAACUCUAUGAACUUAAAGUUGAUACCCAAAAAGCUAUCACAGAAAGAUUAGAUAAAGUCUUUGAGAAGUUGGCUCAUCCCGAGGACAUAAUUAGUGGAUUGAUUGUUAUGGAACAUAAGGAAUUGACUUUUUUAAGUAAUUUCCUAUUCACUUGUUUUUGCUCGUCGUCGAUGGAAUGUUUGCCAAGUGAAAUGCUUACCAAAUAUCUUCCUCUUCUCUUGUCUGUAUAUAGUUUUAUUCCUGACAAGUUUAAAGAACAAGUUCAGAUUCGAGGAGUUAUAGUUCGUUGUUUGGCAAAUCGAUCUCGUAAUGAGUUGGAUAAGAUUGUAAAUGCUUUGGUAGCUAAAAAGUAUCCAGAUGAAUGGGUACAAUUACAUCCGAGAGUUUCGAUUCUCCCCGAUUCCACAUUUAGUCAGUUGACUGUGAAGAUAAAUUCUCCUGAUGCCAAACCAGAGGAACUGAAUAUAUCCAAUGUUCUUCCAGAAAUCUUGACCUUAUCUAAUCAUAAUAUCCUGACUUAUAUCGUUUUUAUGUGCCUUUUGGGCAUGAUGCAGGAGGCUUUAACAAAAGACGAUGAUGACAAUCUAGAUGCUUCCAUAGACCUCCUUCACAGUGAAGAAGAAUUAGUAACAUUUCUUAAUUCAAAGUAUCCAAUUAAAGUGGAGAUUGUUCUCUGUCUUAGUACUUUGGUUAAUCAUUCUGGUUUGAAGGCACAAAUCAGUGAGAAUUCAAGUGAAUUCUUGGAUUUCCUUCGGACUUUUAUUCAACGGAGAGGUGGUCAGUCGUUGGGAAAUCAAGAAAGCACCGAUCACACUUUGCUUCUUUUACUCACAAUUACACAAGAGAUGAUUGAGAAUUCAGAGAUUCCUGAAAAGUACCGGGAUUUCACGAAAGUUCUAAAAGAAUUGCGAAAACAAACUCCAAAUGAAUUGAUUGUUCAUAGAAUUGAUAAGUUAUUGCAUUUGUUGGAAGGUGGAUUAAAAGCAUCAUUUGUGAAUCGUACAAGUCAAUAUAAUCAAGCUAGAGAUUUGAUGAAGGAACGUGAAGCUCAUCUAAAAGCUUAUGGUAUUAAUUUAAUGAUUGAAAUGCUUCGUCAAAAUGAUAAAGAUGCUGAAGCAAAUGGACAUGUUACAUUGGCAUUGGCAUUGCAUGCUUUAAAAGAACCAGAAUCGUAUGUUUUUUUGAAUUGUGUGAGAUUAUUUGUUGCAUUGUUGAAUGUUAUGGAAACUGAGGUGUUGGAAACACUGUCGGAUGAGUAUUUGAAUAGAGAUAAUAAAAUUGAUUAUCGAUUGGUUGUGGGAGAAGCUAUUCUUAAAGUUACUAGAGAAUUGGGUCAACUCUCUUAUAAAUAUAAAGAUGUUUUAUUGAAUUGUUUUAUUAAUGGAUGUCGAUCGGAUAGUAAUGAAUUUCGAUGGUCGAGUUUUUCAAAUUUGGCUACGUUGUGUAAGCUAUUGACAUUCCAAGUUCAUAGUUUUUUUCAAGAGUUGCUGCUCUUGAUAGAAAAUGAAAUUCAAACUGGCAAAUAUUCCCCAUCUAAACGAGCUGCAGUUCUUGUCCUCAGUGAAUUACUCUUAGGAAUGGAAAAUCUAUUAGAUCACGAAGAAUAUCUAUUGCCAAUUUAUCGAGUUCUAAAAACUCUAUCAACUGAUUCGGAUGAUGAAAAAAUUCGAUUACAUGCUGCCAAUGGAUUAAAGGCACUCGGUGAUAAAUGUAAAAAGUUCCUAUUUCCCGAAGAAAAACGAGAAAAGGAAAUUAAAAUUAUUGGAAUUAAAGAUUCACCACAAAUGACGAUUAAAAAUAAAAACCAAAAACCUCACAUUCUUGAAUUAAAUUAAG